AAAAGAAACUCCGAGACAGCGGCGGGGGCUCCCCAAGCACGUGGACGGGUCGGCGACACGCGGGCGGCGCCUUUGGUCACAGCGACACGCGGGUGGCGCUCUGUAGCUGUGUCGCUCUGUACCUUGUGUCUCUCUGUAGCUCUGUGUCGCUCUGUAGCUCUGUGUCGCUCUGUAGCUCUGUGUCGCUCUGUAGCUCUGUGUCGCUCUGUAGCUCGUGUCUCUCUGUACCUUGUGUCUCUCUGUAGCUCUGUGUCGCUCUGUGUCUCUCGCGGUGCACGCCUCUCGGCUUAGCUCGCUCAACAAAGCGGGAGGAGGAGGAGGAGGCGGCGGCGGCGUAAUUCCUAUAGGAGCAAGACCAAGUUUGGCAUCAGCAUCAUCAUCGGCAGCAGCGACGAUCCGUCCGCACAACAGGAGCGACAAGGGGAGGCCGGUAAUGGCAAUCGUGAACAUGGAGCCUGACCUGGACAACGUCAUCAAGCGCUCGAUCUCAACGCGCACUUCCCAGCGCUUCCUGCAAGGCUCCAUCUUGAGCUUUCACAACAUCAACUACUCGGUGAAGCAAAAGAGCGGCCUGCCCUGCCGCCGCAAGGUCAUCGUCAAGGAGAUCCUCAAGAACAUAAAUGGGAUCAUGAAGCCUGGUAUGAAUGCCAUUCUUGGGCCAACAGGUGGUGGAAAGUCCUCGCUUCUGGAUGUUUUGGCUGCCAGGAAGGACCCCAAUGGACUCGAAGGCAUUGUUCUUGUGGAUGGGGCUCCACAGCCGCCUAACUUCAAAUGCGUCUCUGGCUAUGUUGUGCAGGAUGACGUGGUGAUGGGUACACUGACCGUUCGGGAGAACUUUGAGUUCUCCGCUGCUCUGCGACUGCCGCAGUCAAUCAGCCAGCAAGAGAAGAAGGAGCGAGUGAACCAGAUCAUCCAGGAGUUGGGACUCGCCAAGUGUGCCGACUCGAAGGUGGGGACUGAGCUGAUCCGCGGCGUGUCCGGUGGCGAGAGGAAGCGCACAAACAUUGGCAUGGAGCUCAUCAACGACCCGUCAGUGCUGUUCCUGGAUGAGCCGACCACUGGGCUUGACGCCAGCACAGCCAACGCCGUUCUCCUGCUGCUCAAGCGAAUGUCACGGAAGGGUCGGACCAUCAUCUUCUCCAUCCAUCAGCCACGCUACUCCAUAUUCAAGCUUUUUGACAGUCUGACGCUGCUGGCCAGUGGCAGCCUGGUGUACCACGGCCCUUCCAAGACCGCUCUCAGCUACUUCCAGAAUCUUGGCUACGAGUGCGAGCCGUACAACAAUCCCGCUGACUUCUUCUUGGACAUCAUAAACGGAGACUCGACCGCCGUGGCAGCCAUGAGGAAUGAAAAGUGCGAUGAUGACAGCGGCGAGGAAGAAAUUGAUCUCUCUCAAAAUGACGAGGAAGAGGUCAAGCAGGGGGAGCACAGGACUAUUGCAGAGCAGCUGCAGGAGGCGUACCACAACUCUGACGUUUACAGGGCCAACGAUGAGGAGUUGCGCAAGAUCUUCGCGUCCGUGGGCUCGAAGGCUUCGAUCAGCAUUAAAACACAGAGCGUCACCUACGCGACCUCCUUUUUCCACCAGCUCUUGUGGGUCACCAAGCGCUCUGUGACCAACCUUUCGAGAAACCCACAAGUCUCCAUUGCACAGCUGGUGGUCACUUUGGUUUUGGGCCUGAUUGUUGGAGCCAUAUUCUUUGGUGCUAGACUAGAUCCAAGCGGCAUCCAGAACAGGGUUGGAUCUCUCUUUUUUAUCACCACCAACCAGUGCUUCUCCAGCGUAUCUGCAAUUGAGCUCUUCAUUCGGGAGAAAAAGAUAUUCACACAUGAGUACAUCAGUGGCUACUACCGAGUGUCUGCCUACUUUCUGGCCAAAGUCAUGUCUGACCUCAUACCUAUGCGGACAUUGCCUGCAGCCGUCUUUUCCAUCGUGACCUACUGGAUGAUCGGUUUUCAGGCAACUGCUGGACAUUUCUUCAUCUUCAUGCUUACAGUGGUGCUCGUUUCUUACACCGCCACCUCCAUGGCCCUGGCCAUCAGUGCUGGGCAGAGCGUAGUGGCCGUAGCAAACCUCCUCAUCACCAUCUGCUUUGUCUUCAUGAUUAUUUUCUCAGGUCUGCUGGUGAACUUGCCAAGCGUCAUGGGCUGGCUCAACUGGCUAAAGUACUUCAGCAUCCCUAGAUAUGGACUCACGGGACUGCAAGUGAACGAGUUUCGGGGCCUGAUGUUUUGUGGUAGUAACCACACGUCCGCCUCCUUCACUUGUAACUCCACGUCUGCAAGCACUGGAGCCAUCUGUACCGGUGAGGAUUACCUUUGCCGGCAAGGAAUCGGCACAAAUGACUGGGCCCUGUGGGAGAACCUUGUGGCGCUGGGCUGCAUGACCAUCAUCUUUCUCGCCAUCACCUACCUGAAGCUGCGCUUCAUGAGGAAACUGACAUAAACUCUCCUUGGCAGAAAAAAACAGGAACUUUGAUGUACCUUUUUAUGUCCAGCCGUCAUGGGUCUUGGUAUAUUUGAAUCGGCUGUUAUUCCUCGGCUACAGAUAUAUACCCUAUGUCUUACAAGAACAUAGCCAUUGCGUUUUCAAACCAGUGUUAAAAUGCCUUUUUUGUUGUUGUAAUAUAGUUCAUAUAUUAUAUUGUGAUAUUGUAUAUGGCUCAUUUAUAUGAAACAUCUAUGUCAUUAAGACAAUCAGAUGAGGUGGCAAACCAUUUGUCUCACCGCAGCAUUUAUCUUGAUUUCAUCACAACUCGGACGCAACAGACUUGGACUUUUUAGUUUCCCUAUUGACGAAACAGAGUAGCCUACCAGCUUAUCCAUCUUUUGUUAUUUGUAUAUAUUUAAAAUAAUUUGUGUGGCAACCUUUCUAUGUCUUGAAUCUCUGGCUCCUUGACACCAAAGUAUGAACUUGCCAUGUUGUCUUGAACCACUGGCGGAGCCAGUGGGGGGUGUGGUGGCACGUGCCUCCCCAAUGAUCCGAUCGAAAUCCCUAAAUUCGAUCGGAUCAUUGGAGUUUAUUAGUAAUAAAUCGG